AUGGAGUGGAGUAUCAUUUUUCCUGUUGCCUUUGUCGUUUGCAGGUCACUAGAAGGACUGAAAACAUUCAGUUACUUGGAAGAGCUGAUCUUGGACAACAAUCUACUUGGAAAUGACCUUCUGUUACCCAGGUUACCCCACCUCCAUACCUUAACGCUCAACAAGAAUCAAAUAACAGAAUUAGAAAGCCUUUUGGAUCAUUUGGCUGAAGUUGUGCCCUCACUACAGUAUCUCAGUUUGCUUGGAAACAUGGCCUGCCCAAAUGAACUGGUCUGCAAAGAAAAGGAUGAAGAUGACUACCAGAGGUACAGAUAUUUUGUCCUGCACAAAUUGACAAACCUGAAAUUUCUCGAUACUCGGAAAGUAACCAGGAGGGAGAGAGAGGAAGCAGUGGUAAGAGGUGCCUUCAUGAAAGUGGUUAAGCCCAAGGAUGCUAAGGCCUCCAGUGAUGCUGCCUCCACCUCUCCAGAGAUGCAUUAUACACCUCUGCCUUCGGGAUCCAGAGACCUCACCAAUCACAGAGGCAUUUUGGGAAAAUGCCGCUACAUCUACUAUGGAAAACAUUCUGAGGGCAACAGAUUCAUCCGAGACGACCAGCUAUAAAACACAGCGUUGUUUCGUGCCUCUUCCAUCCCACCCCAUAAGAAGCACAAAUUGUGUCUAAAUUUUCAGCAUGUAACUAAAGUCCUCUAGUGCCUUCUGCUGACUUUGCCAACCCUGUCAAGAUCAUCCUUCUAUCUUAGUCUGAGUAGUCACAUAGAGAUUGACAUGAUUGCCUUUAAGCAGGUCCCAUCCACCAGUGUGACAGACAGCUGCAGCCGAGCACCCGACCUGACAGGAGGAGCACCGUGAUGGAUUGCCUGGUCCGGUUGCCGCUCGCGGAAGAGCAGGGGUCACACCUGGGGCUUCAGUGAGCAUGCUCCAUGGGUCGGCGCCUCAGCAAAAGCAGCACGUUUAUCUCCAGCUUGCCUGUUGAGCAAAAGUGGCUGGCGAUAUCAAAGUGUUUAUAAAAGAGAGAGGCUAUAGUUUCAGAUGAAAAAGCCCUUAUCUGUUCCUAUUUUUUUCCCUGUGAAUUAAGUGCUUGUGUUUCUAUCAUCUCAUACAUGCUUACACAAAUCCUUUCACAGUGUUUUCUUUGGUUUGGUGUGUGUGUCCCCCCCCCAGCCCCAAAUGAGCCUAGAUGGAUUAUUUUUUUCUUUCAACAGGGAAAAAAAUAUAUCCUGAAAAUAUUUCGCCCAUGCAAAGUACUAGCAAUUUGUAUGGUUGUUUAUAUGCAAAGGAAAAGGACUUAAGCAAUUUUGCAGACAAGCAAAAUUUGCUAAUUCUUAAAUUACAUCUCAACGUUUACUAACUCUGACCUUCAGAAAAGUGAUCAUUUUUUAAUGCUGUAGAAUAGUGGCGCAGCUUAACUGUAUAUACUUGGAGGAAGCCCUCAGUUGUGAUUUGACAGUGUGUGUUAUUCCUGGUUUAUUGCACAAGAUAUUUUUAACUUGUACAGAGAUGACAUUAAGAAUUAAAUGCUUAAAUUUGGAAAGAAAAAAGUGCUUAAAAAGAGUGAUAUAAAGUAAAAUUGCCACCAGAUGGGUAUGAUUAUUCAGAGGGGGAAAAAAAGUCAAUAAAAGUAACUGGUGGAAUUAACAUAAUUAACAGCUUUAAUAAUAUGUUCUAGAGAAGAAUUCUGAUUAAUCUCUUUUGAUGUCUGUGUAAGAAAGGCUAUUGUCAAAUUUUCAGUGGAAAAGCACAUAUUUCCUGCUUUUCUGAUAAACAGGUUGGACAUAUUUAGAAUUGUGAACUUGUUAGCACGCAAAAAAGAUCCCAAUACCUCAUGCGUAUAUUCUGUUAAGUGCUACUAGAUACAGUGCGAUUGGCCAAGGAAAUUCUGACUUCUGGGCUGUUCCAAACCCAUGCACAGCGGCCCCAGUUGAGAGUCGUCACUGUCCGGCUGUUCUUGGCUUGUUUGAAAUUACUUGGUGUUCUUCAUUCACUUUCCUGGUUGAAAAAAAUGUCAGUUUUUAGAAGUUGCCUACCUUUGGGGGGCUAUUACCAGCUAGUGUUGCAGGUGGAAGCGAACUGGAUAUUGAAGCCCAUCGUGAAAGCAGGUUUGACUGACGAAAAAGAACGAGACUGGCAGCUUGCUGCUGCUGAACGUUUUAGGCCUUACUGAGUAAAUGGAAGCCUUCACUCGCUCUGAAAGUCUAUCAUAAAUCUUUAACAGAUACUUAAAAUCAGUGAUGAGCGUAGAACGAUCCAGUUCACACCACCUGUCGUUCAAAUUGAGCUCUGAGCUGUCUGCCAUACAAAUCGGUGUCUGGAAAGCGUGUUUUGGCCACUUGUUAACUCCUCUGCUAAUGUCAUACAUGGCUACAAAUGAAAUGCCAAUUCACGUUAGAAGUCCUAGAAGAUAUUAGAUAAAGGAAAACUACAUGCCUCUUCUUUUAAUCAAAAAUAUCAUUAGAAAUAUUUAGGGCACUUGUCGUCUCUCUUGGUUACCAAAAUAACAGCAAUCCUAGUUUGUUCAUAUCAUAUUGUCUGUUUGAAGCCUCCGCGCAUUUUGGCCAUGGCAUAUUACAAGCAGCAAGGUUCUGAAUAGGGGUGUUUAGAAUAACCUAAUGUCACUUUCAGUCUGGUUGCAUAUAUGUUCUUGUCUUUAUAAAAGGCUUUAACCCUGCCUCAAACAAUAAACAGCAUUUGCAAACUGACCGCAUGAUUUUUCCAUCUUUAUUUUGUUUGUUUACUUUUCCUAAUGUCAAAACCGUUUGCAUCAUUUUCAGGAGUGUUUUCUUCCCAGGAAAGCUUUGGAGGCAAAAAUAUUUUUGGAAUGAGAUGUGAUCAAAGUCUCUUCCAUUUUGUUUUUUGUUUUCACUUGGGGGGUUAUAUACCUAUAGUUAAAUAUGGUAAAGCCCUAAUUAAAACCUGCUCAAAGGGAAUUCACACUAAGUGUCACUGAUUCUGGAAAAUCAAAAGGAUAAUCUAUGAAUAAUUAUUUUAUUUUACUAGCAUGCAUUAGGAUAUUAUUUAAAAACAAGCAUGGACGUUUGUUACUGUUCAUGCUAACAUAAUUCUUUUUUACUAUGCGGAGCAUUUUAUUUUCUGAUGUCUUCUGCUGAAGUUCUGUUUUAAGAGAUGGCAAACUUUUCAAACCCGGGGCUGCUAUCUACACUUUGCUCGUUCCUCAGUGGGAACUGCGCCUGAAUUUCUCAACUGAACUGAGUAUCAUUUAGGAUGAAAUUUGCAAUAAAGUAAUCUGAGAAGAGAUUCCACUCUCUCUCCUUUACUCCCCCUUCUCCACACAUGGCUCAUCUUUCCUUCUCAAGAUUAACCAGGCUAUCAAAAAUAAAAUACUUGCCUACAAAGCUGUAAGGAUUUUAAAAUGUGUAUCUUUCCAAGGAACCACUGCAUUCUUAGUUCUUUGUGUUGUCACAAGAAAAAUUUUGGCCAGCCAUGUUUCUUGAUGGUUAACAAGGUUUGACAUCCGAGGUGUGCUUGAAUAAGUAGUCUUCA